GAGGUCGGGGAGGGGAGGGAGGAGCCGGGCGCCCAUGGACAAGAUGGCGGAGCUGGAGGACGUGAGCCUGGACGGGCGGCCCCUGCACGCUCUGCGCGUCACAGACCUCAAGGCGGCCCUGGAGCAGCGCGGCCUCGCCAAGAGCGGCCCCAAGAACGCGCUCGUCAAGCGUCUCAAGGGGGCCCUCAUGCUGGAACAGCUGCAGAAGACGUCUGGUCAGCAGGCUGGCUUGCAGCCCAACUCUUCCAUCGGGGAGGAGAUGAGCUCCAACAGCUUCAUCAAGCAGUACCUGGAGAAGCAGCAGCAGCUCUUGCAGCAGAGGAUAGCGCGCGAUGCGCAGGCGGCCACCGAGUCAGAGGAGGUGUCUGCCGAAUCGGAGGAUGAGACUUCCUCGCACCAGGACUCGUUGGUCACCCAGCCUCCAGACCUGCAGUCCAUUCCCGAGAACCGGGAGCUCAACAGCUACACAGCGGCGGAACCCCCGGUUGCGGCGGUGGCUGAGGCAUCCGCGGGACAGGACAAGAACGAGCCCGUGGAGCCGGAAGAAGAGGAGGAGGAGGAGCGUGUCUGGCCCAAGCGAGUAGAGCGGAAGCGACGCAGCCGCAACUCGCUGCCUGCCGAGCCGGCGGAGGAAGCGCCGCCGGUCGUGAGGAGGACGCCCCGCAAGUGGAGCGGCGGGUACCGCGCGGACGACAAGGUGUUGGCGUCGCCUAGGGUCGAUGCGGCGGAGAAGCAGCAGGCGGAGGAGGACUCCGAGGAGCCUUCGCUCACGGACCGCCAGGAGAUGCGUGCGAGGAAGGCCGACAGGAAGAAGCGAAGCCCCUCACCCGGGGCGCCGGGCGACGGGGAGGAGGAGACGGAGUGUCGCGCACGGAACCUUGGCCAGGGAGUCGAACCCAGGGCGGGCAGGGGCGAGGAGGAGAAGCGUGUAGCCGUGCGGGAGGCUGAGGAAGCCGAGAGGGUGGCUCGCGAGCAGCAGCGGGAGCGGGAGGAGGCCGAGGCGCGCAAGCGUGAGGAAGCGGAGCGAGUACGCCAAGAGGAAGAGAGGGAGAAGAGGCGCAAGCAAGAGGAAGCGGAGAAGCGCAAGCAGGAAGAAGCAGAGAAGCGCAAGCAGGAAGAAGCAGAGAAGCGCAAGCAGGAAGAAGCAGAGAAGCGCAAGCAGGAAGAAGCAGAGAAGCGCAAGCAGAAGGAAGCAGAGGAGAAACGACGACAGGAAGAAGCAGAGGAGAAGCGUAAGCAAAAGGAAGCAGAGGAGAAGCGCAAGCAGGAAGAAGCAGAGAAGCGCAAGCAGAAGGAAGCAGAGGAGAAACGACGACAGGAAGAAGCAGAGGAGAAGCGUAAGCAAAAGGAAGCAGAGGAGAAGCGUAAGCAAAAGGAAGCAGAGGAGAAGCGCAAGCAGAAGGAAGCAGAGGAGAAGCGUAGACAGGAAGAAGCAGAGGAGAAGCGCAGACAGGAAGAAGCAGAGGAGAAGCGCAGACAGGAAGAAGCAGAGGAGAAGCGCAAGCAGAAGGAAGCAGAGAAGCGUAGACAGGAAGAGGCAGAGGAGAAGCGCAAGCAGAAGGAAGCAGAGGAGAAGCGUAGACAGGAAGAAGCAGAGGAGAAGCGCAAGCAGAAGGAAGCAGAGGAGAAGCGUAGACAGGAAGAAGCAGAGGAGCAGAAACAGAAAGAAGCAGAGGAGAAGCGAAGACAGAAGGAAGCAGAGGAGAAGCGUAGAAAGGAAGAAGCAGAGGAAAAGCGCAAACAGGAGGAAGCAGAGCUGAAGCGCAAGCAGAAGGAAGCAGAGGAGAAGCGUAGAAAGGAAGAAGCAGAUGAGAAGCGCAAACAGGAGGAAGCAGAGCUGAAGCGCAAGCAGGAAGAAGCUGAGGUGAAGCGUAGGCAGGAGGAGGAGUUAAAGCGCACACAGGAGGAAGCGGAGCUUAAGCGCAUACAGGAGGAACAGAAGCGCAAACAGGAAGAGGAAGCAGAGCUGAAGCUUAAGGAGGAGGAGGAGGAACGGAAACGCAAGCUUAAAGAAGCAGACGAGAAGCGCAGAAAGGAGGAAGCAGAGGAAAGGCACAAACAGGAGGAAGCAGAACGGAAGCGCAAGCAGGAGGAAGCAGAGCUAAAGCGUAAACAGGAAGAGGAAGCAGAAAAGAAGCGCAAGCAGGAAGAGGAGGAGCGUAAACAAAAGCAUAUGGAAGCAGAGGAGAAGCGCAAAGAGGAAGAACGGAAACGCAAACUGGAAGAGGAGCAGAAGCGGAAGCAGAAAGAAGAAGCAGAGAUGAAACAUAAGCAGGAGGAGGAACGGAAACAAAAGCUUAAGGAAGUAGAAGAGAAGCGCAGAAAGGAAGAAGCAGAGGAGAAGCGUAAGCAGGAGGAAGCAGAGCUGAAGCGUAAGCAGGAGGAAGCAGAGAAGAAGCGUAAGCAAGAGGAAGCAGAGCUGAAGCAUAAGCAGGAUGAAGCAGAGAAGAAGCGUAAGCAAGAGGAAGCAGAGCUGAAGCGUAAGCAGGAGGAAGCAGAGAAUAAGCGUAAGCAAGAGGAAGCAGAGCUGAAGCGUGAGCAGGAGGCAGAGCUGAAGCGUAAGCAAGAGGAAGUAGAGCUGAAGCGUAAGCAAGAGGAAGCAGAGCUGAAGCGUAAGCAGGAGGAAGCAGAGAAUAAGCGUAAGCAAGAGGAAACAGAGCUGAAGCGUGAGCAGGAGGCAGAGCUGAAGCGUAAGCAAGAGGAAGCAGAGCUGAAGCGUAAGCAAGAGGAAGCAGAGCUGAAGCGUAAGCAAGAGGAAGCAGAGCUGAAGCGUAAGCAGGAGGCAGAGCUGAAGCGUAAGCAAGAGGAAGCAGAGCUGAAGCGUAAGCAGGAGGCAGAGCUGAAGCGUAAGCAAGAGGAAGCAGAGCUGAAGCGUAAGCAGGAGGCAGAGCUGAAGCGUAAGCAAGAGGAAGCAGAGCUGAAGCGUAAGCAGGAAGCAGAGCUGAAGCAUAAGCAAGAGGAAGCAGAUAAGAAGCGUAAGCAAGAGGAAGCGGAUAAGAAGCAUAAGCAAGAGGAAGCAGAGCUGAAGCGUAAGCAAGAGGAAGCGGAUAAGAAGCAUAAGCAAGAGGAAGCGGAUAAGAAGCGUAAGCAAGAGGAAGCGGAUAAGAAGCAUAAGCAAGAGGAAGCGGAUAAGAAGCAUAAGCAAGAGGAAGCGGAUAAGAAACAUAAGCAAGAGGAAGCGGAUAAGAAGCAUAAGCAAGAGGAAGCGGAUAAGAAACAUAAGCAAGAGGAAGCGGAUAAGAAACAUAAGCAAGAGGAAGCGGAUAAGAAACAUAAGCAAGAGGAAGCGGAUAAGAAACAUAAGCAAGAGGAAGCGGAUAAGAAGCAUAAGCAUGAGGAAGCAGAUAAGAAGCAUAAGCAUGAGGAAGCGGAUAAGAAACAUAAGCAAGAGGAAGCAGAGCUGAAGGGUAAACAGCAGGAAGCAGACCCGAAGCGCAAGCAGGAUGAAGCAGAGCAGAAACACAAAUAUGAAGAAGCACGGAAGCAAAAGCAGGAGGAAGCAGAGCUGAAGCGCAUGGAGGAAGACGACAAGCGAAAGCGUGAAGAAGCGGCGAAGCUCGACCAAGAGGAGGAAGAGAAGCGUAAGCAGGAGGAAUUGGCGAAGUGCAAGCGGGGGCAGCCGCUGAAGGUCAAACAGCAAGAAGGAGCGGAGGGAGGAACCCAGGAGAAGACGCACAAAACGGCGGAGGAAGGCGGGGAGCGCCGGGACGACGAGCAGGGCGGCCGGGAGCAGAGGCCGCAGCAGAGGGAAGCGGAGAAGGAGCAACAGGGCCAUGAGCAGGAGCCGGCGCCGAAGCGGCAGCACGGUAAGGAUCGGGGCGGUGCUCGCGGCCGCGACGCCGAGGGCGGCGACCGCAAGCGCAGGCACUCGAGCAGCGAGGACGAGGGUUUGCCCAGACGAAAGGCGUGCAGGGGCUCCUCCUCCUCCACCUCCUCCUCGUCGUCGUCCUCUACUUCGUCGUCAUCUUCAUCGUCCUCUAACUCCUCGUCGUCUUCCUCGUCGGGGUCAUCGUCCCCCGACCGCGAGAAGAGGGACUUCCCCCCCGACACGCAGAAGCGGCAGCGGGGCCAGGCAGAGCCCAAUCGCUCGGCCCUCGUGCCAAAUGAUAAGCGUUCCGAGCCGGCGCGUGACGAAGGGGCAGGGAGAGUGGUGGAGGGCGCUCCUCCCGGCGAGCACACUGAGGCGAAGGUGAGCGUCCAGGCUGGCAUGGUGGUGCAGCAGCAGCAGCAGGGAGACAAGCAGCUGAAGCAAACGUCGCCACAGCCGCCGCAGCAAAUGAAGCAGCAGCAGCAGAAGAAAGAGGAGGAGGAGGAGGAAGAGGAGGGGGUUGGGCGUACCGAGUCGGAGCCCCCUGCCACCCCCCCCGUGGGGGGCGGCGUGGGAGGUGAGGACGAGCAGCAGCACCAGGGCACGGACGACGCCGCCGCUGCCACCGCCGGCGACAGCGCGGAUGCUGGCUCCGAGGCGAUGGAGGAGGAGGGGAAGAGAGAGAACGUCACAGUGCGAACAUUCAAACGAAAGAUGGCCAUCGUGUCGUCGGGGAAGGCGCCGGGCGGUAACGGCGAGGCGGAGGGCGUAGGGCCGGCGCGCAAGCGGCGCUGGGGCUCCAGCACGGCCACCACCCCCAAGAAGACGAGCAUCAGCAUCAGCACCGACUCGCUCAAGAGCCUCAUCCCCGAGAUGAAGGCGGCGGCCGCGGCGGCGCCGGAGCCCCCGGUUGUGGACCUGCACGCCGAGGACGUGGCGCUGUCGGGGGCCGAGGACGACGGCGAGGGAGGGGCCGCCGAGGGGCCACGCGCGCCCACGGCCCGGCCGGGGGGCCAGGACGACGACGACGCCCAGGGUGCGGGGGACAAGGACGUGAAGAUCAUGCGCACCGUCACGCAGGUGGUGUCGACGGAGAGCCAAGAGAACGGGGAGGAGCCCCGCGGCGAGGAGGACGAGGAUGACGAGGAGGACGAGGAGGACGAGAGGAAGGACGAGGACGACGACGGCUCCGUCUCCAUGGAUGCGGAGCCGGCGGCCGUGAAGGCGGCCGAGGAGGAUGCCAAGGCCAAAGUGCUGCCGAGCGAGAGUCUGGUGCGCCGCUCCAUCAGCCAGCAGAACUCUGGCGUCUCGGUUACGAUCGACGACCCCGUGCGCCUCGGCCAGAAGCUGUCGCCGCCGCGGCACAGAUCGACCUGCAUCCUGCACAUCUCCAACCUGGUGCGGCCGUUCACGCUCGUCCAGCUGAAGGAGCUGCUGAACCGCACCGGGACGAUCCGCGACGACGUCUUCUGGAUCGACAAGAUCAAGUCGCACUGCUACGCCACCUACUCGUCAGUGGAGGAGGCAGAGGCGACACGCGCGGUGCUCCACGGCGUGAAGUGGCCGACCUCCAACCCUAAGUUUCUCUCGGUCGACUUCGCUGACCAGGAUGAGCUGGACUUCCACCGGGGGCUGACGCCUCACAUGCCGGUAUCAGCCUCCACGGUCGACCAGAAGCCGGAGCCGGCGCCUGCUCGGCGCGAGCCGCGCGAAUCCCGCGAGCCUCGCGAGAGGAAAGGCGGCGAGCCCGAGCGCAUCGUCCAGGACCUGCGCGUGGACCGCGAGCGAGAGAUGGCGCGGCGCGAGCGGGCGCGCGCCGAGCGCGAGUGGGACCGCGGCAAGGUCCGCGAGUUCGCCGAGGAGGGCGCCAAGCCGCGGUCGCGCACGCCGUCACGGGAGCGCCGCCGCCGCGAGAGGGCACGCUCCAAGGAGGAGAAGAAGGCCGAGAAGAAAGAAAAGCCCCAGGAGGAGCCCCCUGCCAAGUUGCUGGAUGACCUCUUCAUGAAGACCAAGGCCACUCCCUGCAUCUACUGGCUGCCUCUGACUGAGGAGCAGAUAGCGCUGAAGGUGGCGGAGCGAGCGGAGCGGGCGAAGGAGCGCGAACGGCGGCGCAAGGAACAGGAGCAGAAGGACCAGCGCGUGGCAGAGGAGCGCGUCGCCGAGCGGGAGCGCCAGCGUCUCAAGGAGCGACAGGAGGAGCGGGAGCGCGAGACGCAGCGUCGGCGGGAGCGCGACCGUGACCGUAGCCGGGACAGGGAGCAACGCGGCGGUGGCGGCGGCGGCGGCGGCGGCGGCGGCAGCAGGGAGCGGAGUCGCGAACGGAAACGCAGCCAGGAGGAGCGCGGAAAGGCCCGCGAGCGCAGCAGCAGGGAGCGGAGCAAGGAUCGCGAGCCCAGCAAAGAGCACAGCAAGGGUCGCGAGCGCAGCAGGGAGAAUAGCAAGGGCCGUGAGCGCAGCAAAGAUCGCAGCAAAGAUCGCAGCAAAGAUCGCAGCAAAGAUCGCAGCAGGGAACGCAGCAAGGGCCGCAGCGGGGAGCGGGAGCAAAGCCAGGAGCGCAGCAACGCUCGCAGCCGAGAGGGGGAUGACAGGGAGCGGCGCAGGCCAUAGGGCCGGUACCCAUGGGGGCGGGUGGGCGGCAUAGAAGAGAUUUAUGCUAUUUUUCUCAUCUUAAUAGGGGGGGGGGGGUGUCAGGCGAUACUGUAAAACCACCAGCCGUCUGUCCGCCUGCUCUCUCUCUCGCUGACGUUCAGGCUGUUUUGGUGUGAGUGUGCGCAGAGCGGCGGGCAUGCCUCUCGUCGGCCCAUCUUCCGUGCGAGCGCGAGCGAAUCAUUUCUUCCAACUGUGAAAAGCGCUCGCGUCUGUGAUCCAUCAUCAUCGUCAUUAAUUUCUACGGAAACCUUCUACAAGCACGUACAACGCUGUGUUAUGCUUUGUGCGACAGUUCAUUGGUCUGAAUUUAGUAUGUUUUCCAAAAAUCUAUCAUUAAAUACUUAAAUUUGCAAUAACCUUUGUAGUGCCUGAACGUGUGGACGCAUUAGCAAGCCGCGGGCAUUGCUGAGAGAGUGGUUUUACAGUAUCCUCCGCUAUUGUUUGUAUGAAUUGUUCCUGUAAUGUAGCGCGCGACUGUACAGUCGGACCGACUCGGUUUCCCAUAGGCCAGAGUAUAACCAUAGCUUUUAAGCCGUGUUGACUGAUGCCUUGCCAAUGCUAUGUUCGUGUCCUGUUGACGAGGGUUUUUAUUUUUCAUGGACUUUUAAUUUCUGCUUGUACAGAUUGAUCUUUCUCAAGGGGGGUGGUGGGGCUGUUUGUGGGAGGCUUGGUCUCCAGUGAAUGGUAUUUCCUGUCGUGAGUCGCGAUUGCUGCGUUCUUAGGCCUCGGAAGAAGUCACGGUUGACCCAGCAGUAAGAGAUGCGACGCCCGUGCGUGAGCACAAACGGUAGCGCAGUUUGAAAUGUUUGUCUCCAGCAGCCGAGACGCCUCCAUGAAGGUUGGAUGCACGUGGAGAGCAACAGCAGCUUGUCUUGUCAGGUUUCACAUUGUAGAGGGGCGUUGUGAAGAGAGUUGGUCGUGUGCGCUGUGGGCAGAGGCGUCCUUGUUGACAGGACGCCAAGGCUGUCACCGUGUUCACCCUGAGCCCUGAUCUUCCCUGUUUGUUUGGGGAUAAGUGACAAGAGAGAAGGGACUCAAGCCCAGCAUGCCCGUAGCGGGGAGGCCGUUACUGGUGCAUUCCCUGCAGGGCACUUGUGCUGGUUUAAUCCACAGGCCUGUGCCGCAGGGAGACUGCUUGAGCCCCUUCGCCUCUCUCGUUACACAACGCAGAGCUUCAGGCCAAACGGCAGCCUUGAAGGGUCUCACUUAGCCCCCUUCCACGAACCCGACCCCAACCCUUGGGCGGGCAUAGCUUAGAGUCCGGCGCAGGGCCAUGAUCUUUCGUCCUGCGUUCGUGCUAUAGAAACGAGGCUUUUGAUAAUGUAUUGUUCUAUAAACUUUUGAACUAUAGCAGACACUGCGCUGAGCCGCGGCGGCUCUGGUUGCGUGCAACUCCCGUCAGCACGCGCGCCGCGGUGUUUGCGGCAAAGUGAUUCGAACAGCACGAGGCUUCGGUGAUCGGUGCGGUUUGCAGUGCUCGGUCGGGUCCCGUCGUACUCGGUGCUGGGCGUGAGGGCAAUCGGAGAGCCGCGUGGCAGCGGGGAGCGGGGGUGGGGGGCGAAGUGCCGUGCUAAAGAGGUGUGUGUUGUAAGUUCCAUUAUUUUAUAUAUUGUAGUUGAGUUUUCGCAAGCAGUGUUCAGUGCUGUCACUCCCGCCUGAAGUCAAGUUCCAGUCAUAGGCAACACUUUUUGAAACACGGUGUGGGGUGUUUUUUUUUUUGUACCGAUUAGGGCCAUUAAAGCCUUGUUGUUUUUUUUGUUUUGUUUCGUUGAAGCCCUUAGUUGUGCGCGUGGAUGUUUUGUAGGCGCGCACCCGGGCGCCAUGGCGAGCGACAUUGCCCCGCGGUCGCUGCGUCUUGGCGGUGCACACGUGGUCCGGGCUCGCGGCGAGCAGCGCCGCGGGACUCGCUGUGCAAGCGUGCGCGUGUCCUCCAUUCGCCUGGCGAAACCCCCGUUAACUGCCAGGCAUCUAGACCAGUGCUUACUGUUCUGCUUUGACUUAGUGUUUGCAUCAACUCCUUUGAUUUUGUGUAUUUGGUUUGUAUAGCGUUUUUGUCUUUUUCUUUAAAAAAAAUAAACCAAUCAAUUUGACACAGUAAACCA